AUGGCUCUCCUGCGCCCGGCCUGGCGGGCGAUGGCGAGCGUGCGCCUUGCGGCGCGUGCGCCGCUCCUGCGUAUGGCCCACACCGAAGCGCCAAAGGAUGCUGCGGCCAAGGGUGAUGCGUCCAAGGCCGAUGUGCCGUCGGUCGCGCCGGCAGGCACAGUCUUUACAGGCCUGUCGAUCCUCAAAGACAAGGCGGACCCCGUGGCGCGGCCAGACAGUGAGUACCCUAACUGGCUCUGGGAUCUGUUGGACGACCCCGCGAUCAAGUCCAACAAGACCAUGUUGGCGGGCGACGUUGAUACCACGGGCAUGUCGAAGGGUGAGGCGCGUGCUGCCUACAAGCGCAGUGCCAAGAUCGCGCGUGCGCAUAUCAAGAAGCAGCAGGCUGCUGAGGCCAAGGAGGCUGCGCGACUGCUGAAUAUGUCGCCGGCACAAAAGGCCGCUGCGGCGGCCAAGGCGGCGGCCAAGGCGGCAGAGGACGCGCGACCCAAGACGCCGUCGCAGAUCUUUGAGCAGGAGCGCAAGGCGCGUGGCGCGCUCCGGAAAAAGAGUCGUGCAUCGAUCAAGGCUGACAACUUUGUGCGUUCGGCAUAG